AUGACUGUACUCCGACGCCCAGACGGAACAGUCACAGCGUCCAGAAAGGCAAUGGAGAAAGUCAUUCACGAUUACUAUUCAGAUCUCUUUAAUAGCCACGUCCUCCUCUCAUAUGAAAUAAAGGAGGAUGGAUAUGUUGUAUCACCGGUUCUUCCUUCCGAAAUCCCACAUGCCAUUUCUCCGGUGGAAAAUCGAACAGCACCUGGUCCGGAAACGAUAAGACCAGAACACCUGAAGAACCUUCCGCCAGUCCUCGUAAAUACCCUGGCUAGGCUCCUCACGCGUUACCUGUCUGACUUCAAGGUGAAGAUCUGUACCUACAAUGCACGUACAGUUGCAUUUGAGUCCUCGAUAGAAGACUUGCUCAUGCAAGCAAGAAGGACAAGGUACGAUGUCAUCGGCCUUGCCGAGACGGGGCGACGCCACCCAUUCAACGCCGUCUAUGACACCGGAGAAGAACUGUUCUUCGGAACAUGCGGCAGUAGAUGA